AUGAUACUAAAAAAUCUAAUUUUUAUUACUGUAUUACUAACACGUCUAAAGCUAUUUGUUUUCUUAACAUCAAUAGUUGUUGUCAGCUCAUCAAUAUUGUUGGAUUGGUCUACGUAUGUUCCAAAAAAUGAAAAGUUUCAAAGUUUUUUGGUUGAAUACAGUCCACCAAUUGGUGAACCACCAAGUAACCUUAAAUUACCGUCAACCACUACAGCUUUGAUCGUCAAGAACACAUUAAGUUCAGCCAAAUAUAGUUCAAGAAUCAGUAUUGUCAAAUCAGAUGGAACAACACGACAAAUUGUUGAAACUGAUGACAUCGAUAAUCGUAAUUUUGCCGUUGUCAUUGUUCGAUUUGUUGUUGACGUUAUGCCACAGAGCAUCUUCUGUUUUCGUUGCUUCGGAGUCGUACGUUUGUCAUCUGUAGACGAUGACGACGACGAUGACGACGACGACGACGAUGGCUACGACGAUGACGAUGACAAGAUUUGA